ACGGAAGAAGUAAGAAAGGUGUCGCAAAGGUCAGGUGAGGUCGCACAUUGGAUUAACUACCUACAUAUCAAAGCCGGAUCUUCACUUCCGCACCCUAAGGCCUCUCUUUUUCUUCACUCUUCCUCACACCCAACGCCACCUUCCAUGGAGGCGCAACCCACUCCUCCGCCGCCACAUCAGCCGAACUACCCCGACUCGGUGGACUCCUCCCCGCGGUCCUCCUGGGACGAGCCCUCCCCUUCUCCGGGCAGCGGCAAGCUCCGGCUGAUGUGCAGCUACGGCGGGCACAUCGUCCCCCGCCCCCACGACAGGUCCCUCUGCUACGUGGGCGGCGACACCCGCAUCGUGGUGGUCCCCCGGCACACCUCCCUCGCGGAGCUCUCCACGCGCCUCUCCAAGUCCUUGAACCACGCGCGCCCCUUCGCCCUCAAGUACCAGCUCCCCAGCGAGGACCUCGACUCCCUCGUCUCCCUCACCACCGACGAGGACCUCGACAACAUGAUCGACGAGUUCGAGAACUCCCCUCUCAAGCCUUCGCGAAUUCGCCUCUUCCUCUUCCCGGCCCAGCCCCACCUCCCCUUGGGCCUGGGCCUGGGCCUCGGCCUCGGCCUGGCCUCCGCCAAGUCCGAGGAGUGGCUCAGCGGCUCCCUCGACGGGGGCCUGUCGGAGUCCGCUUCCGUCAACUGCCUCCUCGGACUCGACGACGAGGCCGCUGCCGCGAACAACAGCGGGAAACUUCCGAAGGAGGCGACCGUGACGGUGACGGUGACGGAGACUAAUUCUUCCUUCGGCUCUGCUUCCUCCGUGGCGAAUUUGCCCCCGAUUAAGGUCCGCGUGGAGGACGGCGUUAAGGUUCCGCAGGAUCAGAGGGUUGCGGGCGUUGAGGAACAGUUUGCGCAGUUGGGUGUGGGACAGAAGCAAGAAGAGGGGUUUGUUGCGGUUGUCUCCGAUGACGACAGAUCCGAUCAUGGGGUCCCUCUGGGCUUUAGAAAACCGCCAACCCCACUGCCUCAGCCUCAGCCUCAGCCUCCUCAAUUUCAACAGAAAUCGGCUGGUGCUGUUGAUUUUCCUUCGCCGGAAUCACUUUCAAGUGAUAGUAGUCUUUCAAAUGCAAUGUCACGCACAAAUCCAGCCAUCUAUCAAGACCAGGCUCAAAUUCAAUCUGGAAAUUCUCAGGUUCUUAAUAAUACCAUGGUUGAUCCGAAGCUUAAUGCGACUGAUCCACAAGGUCGGAUUCAGAUGCAGCAGCAUGUACAGGAACAUGGAUAUGUUUUGCAGCCGCAAUUUGAUCAACAGCCACCACAACUGCAGCAGUCUCAACAGCCGCAGCAGUAUAUGCACGGCACACAUUUAAUUCACCAUACCCCGGCAGGGCCUGUGUCAAUCCCUGCUUCAUACUAUCCUGUAUAUCAGCAACAGCUCCAUCACCUUGAUCAGCAAUACCCAGUUUACUAUGUGCAGCCAAGGCAGGCCCAAGCAUACAACUUGUCAGUGCAGCCGUCUAAUGUAGCUGAAUCUGCCACAACUGUCGCUUCUAGCCAAUCCCAAAAUCUGCCAAAUUCUGCUGCUUACAACCCAAUGAGGAAUGUUCCCUUGCCUAGCUCCGAAGUGACUGCAGGCGCAUACAGAAGGACACCUGCCACUCCUCAAUUAGUUCAAGUUCCUCAUACUAAGCAUCAUCAGCAAUAUGUUGCUUACUCACAAAUUCAUCAUCCUCAAUCGGUUCCCCCUAAUUCUGCAGUACCUGCUACUUAUGCUUAUGACUAUGCGGAUCCUGCUUAUGCUCAAGUAUUUUAUACUCAACCUAUGGCACCCUCCAUGCCUUCACAGUACCAGACCAUGACAGCUGCUGCUGCAGUGUUGCCGGAAGGUUCUACUCAGCUUCCCUCGGAUGGCUUGAAGCAGCAGGUGAGAACCUCACAGCCAUUGUGAAAAGAAAACGAAAAGAUACAGUUUUGAAGAAAUGUGCUUGGUUUAGCCUAUAAUUUUUCUACCAUAGCUCUUAGUUCUUGGUGGUACCAGUUUGUGCCAUGUAUUUCUGAUAGAUAAUAAAGAAACUGCGAUACACUUUUUCGUACCUUUAUUUCAUAAUUCGUAGUAAAGGAAAGUGGUCCAGGUGGUCGGUUAUACUGUAUAAGUUCAAAGUUUCAACUUUUUACUGUGAAGUUCAAACAUUUGUUGUUGAAAUGGUUGUCAUGUAUAUUAUAGCUGGCAUUUUUUUGGCUCUGA